AUGGUCCAAGCUGUCGGGCGCCACUGUGGUGGCAGCGGCGGCGGCUGCAGCGACGCGCGGGGGCGGCGGCGGCGGCCAGAGAGCUCCGCCGGGAAGACAGCACAGUCGACGCGCCGCCGCCGCCUCCGCCAGCGCUGCCGGCCAGCCCCGGCACGCAAAUUAAGGGGGAUCAGCCGGGCCGGCGCCCGUUUUUCCGUCGCGGCCGCCGCCAGUCGCCGGGCGGACACCGCCGCCGCCGAAGCCACAGCGGCGCCGCUCCCCGCCUCGGAACGCAACGCCGCUCCGCAAGGCAGCGUUGUGCUGUGGGAUGUAAACCAGGAUAUGAAGCUUCCAACUCUUCCUGUCAGCCGCAGUAUCCACAUCAAGACAGAUUUCACCAAUGUUCUCCAGAUCUACAACAUUUCUGCUCAUUCCAGAUGGACAACAGAUAUGAUAUCCGAGAAGAAAACGAAAUUGGAUCCAGGAACGUCGGAAGAAACGGCCCAGAGAGCUAAGCCUGCACAGAAUGGGAGAAGAAAUCCUGUUUCUGCGAUUUGGGGUGCGUGGGCGUGGCGCCACGUCCCGCUUAGGUGCACAGAAGCUGUGACGUGCCGUCUAAUGGCAAGUGACUCCCGGUUGAGCCCCGACGCUUAG